CGAUGCCAUGGCCUGGGACAUGAUCUUGAAACAUCUUUUCAAAAGCUCCUUCCUUCAGGGUCACAAAAAUACCUUGACUACAUGCAGCAGGGGUGCAAUCUCCUGAUUUUUGUGAAGUCCUGGAGCCCAUAUGCUUUCAGUGGCCCCCUAAGGAUUUGCAGCUUGCAUUCCAAUUUGUAUCAGAGAGCUGUGACUUCUGCUAUCAACUUGAGUGCCAACAGUGCCCUAGAGCUUCUGAGAGAGAAGCAGUUUAGAGCCCAAAGAGGACGAUCAAAUGAGCUGCAGGUUCAGAAAGUUCUUGACAGUCACAUUCAGGAGGAGGAUGAUAUGAGGGUAUGUGCCGCUGAACUGUUUAAAAAGGACAGACUCACGUAUAAGGAGAAACUCAACUUUACUGAGUCAAUGCAUGUUGAAUUUAAAAGGUUCGCCACCAAAAAGAUAGUCCCUCAAAUUAAAGAAAUGCUGCCUCACUAUGUGUCUGCAUUUGCCAACACUCAUGGGGGUUACCUAAUUAUUGGAGUGGAUGAUAAAAGCAAAGAAGUGUUUGGAUGUAAAAGAGAAAAAGUGAAUCCUGUCUUACUAGAAAAAGAAAUAGAGAACUGCAUAGAAAAAAUGCCUACAUUUCACUUUUGCCAUGAGAAGCCAAAGGUGAACUUCACCACCAAAAUCUUGAAUGUGUACCAAGACGAUGUCCUGUAUGGCUAUGUCUGCAUGAUUCAAGUGGAGUCCUUUUGCUGUUUAGUCUUCUCAGAGGACCCAGACUCCUGGAUCAUAAAGAAUAAUUCUGUCAGAAAGCUGACAGCUGAGCAGUGGGUGACCAUGAUGCUGGAUACUCAGCCAGGUAAAGAGAAGGCAAUAUCAUUAUCCAGCAGGGAGGAACACUUUCUGUGCUAUCUGUGUAUAUUUUGGCCAGAUGAUUUAGAUAAAGAAUAGAAAGUGAGGAGCUGGGGGAAAUAGCAUAAUAGUUUAUGCAACAAUCCUUUAUGCCUGAGGCACCAAAGGGCACCAGUACCACCAUACUCCAGAGAUUAAUGCUGCUUUGGUGGUUAAA